ACGAGCGAAAACGACAACAGCCGAUUCCGAGCCGUGGCGAGCGCAUUUACCAACUUUGCAGUAAGAGUCAAUCAUUAGUUUUAUAGAAAUACUCUUUAACUAAAUAACCAAAAUUCAAGCCAUGUUUAAACAAAUCCUCACACUGUGUGCCCUUUUGGCCUUCUGCCAAGUGUGCCUGAGCGAAGAUGAGACACGCGCCCGUCUCCUGGUUUCGAAGCAAAUCCUAAACAAAUAUUUGGUUGAGAAAAGUGACCUACUAGUCCGCUACACCAUCUUUAAUGUGGGCAACGGGGCUGCCACGAAUGUACAACUGGUCGACAAUGGUUUCCACCCCGAUGCUUUCGAAGUGGUCGGUGGCCAACCCGCUGCCACAGUGGACCGUAUUGCUCCACAAACGAAUUUCACUCAUGUUGUGGUAGUGCGUCCAAAGGCUUUCGGUUAUUACAAUUUCACAGCUGCUGAAGUAUCCUACAAACCCGUCGAGGAGGCUGAAACCGUUCAGUUGGCUAUCAGUUCGGAGCCUGGUGAGGGCGGCAUUGUCAACUUGAACGAGUACAACAAGCGUUUCUCAUCCCACUUCUUCGAUUGGGUGGCUUUUGCCAUCAUGACUCUGCCCUCAUUGGCCAUUCCAUUGGCUCUGUGGCACCAAUCUAAGAGCAAAUACGAACGUUCCGGCAAGAACAAGAAGCAUUAGAAGAGCAGUCCCAUCCAAUGGGUGCAUGAUGUAUAAGAAGGUCGCCAAACACUCGACUGAGAUUACAGCAACAAAAACAUCUUUAAAUUGAUUCCACAUUAUUAAUUUUUUUUUUGUCCAUUUGAACACACACACACACAAACACAUCUGUCGUCGUCGUUGAAUCGUUUUAGAUUUGAUUGAGAAGAAAAAGAAACGAAUUGAAUAAAUUCUAAAUCAAAUUUAA